AUGGGCUGCACUGCAGGACACCCGGCCUGCCAGCCCCAGUCCCCUGGAGCCUGUGGAGUGUCCGCUGCUGAGAACCACAGCGUAGGACCAGAGGAGCUAGGCCCCAAAGCUCCAGACGUGCUGUCCUCUCUGGAGCGACUCUCCCAAGCCACAGGUGGGGUGGAGAAGUCCUGGUACCGCUGUAUUUUCCCCUUCGGCAUAAUCUCCCUGGUGAUCGGCAUCGCAGGAACGGGUGUCAGCUACACCUACAAUGAUCUCCCACAGACCAAGGUGGUUUCUGUGGUGCUGCUGGUUACUGGGUUGAUCCUGGUAAUAAUGGCCACAGUCUGCUGGACAGCCCACAAGAAGAAACGCAGGAAAAAAAAGGAAGGAGCGUCCGCUAGUUCUGAGCAGUGCCCACUAUGA